UGAAGACGACAUUAAUCGUCUAGAUCUUCACGACGGAGAUGAUGGAAAUCGAAUUGGCAACACGAACUGGUGCAGAUGCAAUAGCUGUAUUGCUAUGCAUACAGAGCGGGAAUCGGUAUGCUGCCGUGAUGUUGAACAAACAAACUUCAAACUGGAUGUGUUCAAUGAAGAAGGCCAUGACAUUGAAUGUAUAACAGACCACCCCGGGUUUGGCACUGUUUGCCUGGACCGCUAUGUGCUAGAGACUGCAUACUACCAGUACAGACAGCAGUAUGGAGUGCCGCAACAGGAAGAUAAUGAGCAACAGAGAUAUGUGGCAUAUCGCCAGUUUGUCAGAUGGUGUUGGGGAUAUUUGGGAAGAGAGGUGCGUGUUGUACUUCCAUCAUGUGCAGUUCAAAGGAUUAGGGCGCAGUUUCCAUCACAGCAGUAUGAGGGAUUUCAGGACUUAUAGGCAGUCAUGACAGAUGUUUGCGACAUAUUGUUUGCUACUUAUGUGUCAGAUUUCAAUUUUACUAUUCCAAUAUUUUACCACAAGUGUUUUGUGUUUUUUGUGAUGAAUCAAUUGAAAUAAAAUGUUUGACAGGUUG